GAGUUAUGUCCCUUGGUUGUCUUAGUCAUUCUGCUGUCGAUACAGGUGUCAGGACAUACACUAUGGCUUCAAGAAAGAACAUUGAUCUGACCUUUUAUGGGGAUAUCACCAAAAUCAGUCCAAAGGGGGCGUCUGCCAGGACAGCAUCGCAAGACAACCUCAAAGUGUCAGGUGUAGCCGCCUCGCAGGCGCUGGUCGAUGCUGAUGAAGUCGAGCUGAACAAACUCAAGGACAUCUUCGUGAGAGUUGGAGAGAGCCUCAACAUCUACCCUGCUCUUAUUGGCGCUAUUGCCAGUCGGGAGUCUCGGGCUGGGAGACUGAUCAAGUCAACAAACGGCUAUGGGGAUAAUGGAAAUGGAUACGGCAUUAUGCAGUGUGACAUCAAUACAUCGGGUGUUGAUUAUAAGAAGCACGCCUGGAACAGCGAAGGGCACAUCAGACAAGCGACAGAGGAUGUUCUUAUCCCGAAGAUACGAGGCGUACAGAACAAACACCCAACUUGGACCAAGGAACAACAGCUGCAAGGUGGCAUUGCCGCUUAUAAUUUUGGAGUGAAGAAUGUACAAACAGUGGCGGGGACGGACGGUGGAACUACCGGUGACGACUACAGCAAUGACGUCAUAGCACGUGCUCAGCAUCUCAUUAAUUCUGAUGGAUGGUAGUUGAGUUGUUGUAAAGGGCAAUAACCCUUCGUAGAGAGUAUGUUUCCUUUAAAGAUUAAAGCAUAAUCCAUUCGAAUACGAUGUAUACAUAUACCUGUAUAUUUCUUGGUACUUGCAAGGUCAUUGACACUAUCUAAAUGGGUUAGGGUACACAUGUAUCUCGCUUAUAUUUUACCCCGUUUUUUAUGUUGGUAGAAUUACUUUUCUAUGCAUAGUACCCAUAUGCCAUAUGUUAUGCGAUAGAAUGAGAAAACUAUACAAGUACUCUAUAUUAUGUGUUUGCAGUCAAUUAUCUUUUGUAUUUUCUGCUCCCUUUAUAUACUCGU